UUUUUCUAAUGCGUGAGUGAAAGGUUCCGCUUCAAAGUCUAAGCUCAUGCUGCGAAGGAAACCGUGGACAUUGUGUGGUGAGGACAGAAGUUGUUCAAAGAAUAAAAAAACACUCUGCGCAUCUAAGUUCUACACCAGCAAAAAGAUGGAGAAGAUAUCUAUUACCGAGUUUCCAGUCACCAGUGACAAUAAUUUGUACCUUGACAUGCUUGAUCCUUCACUGUUUGCAACACCCUGUGAAACAUCAGGCAUCAGAAACUUUGGGAAGGUUUUCAUGCCCUGUUUUUAUUCAGUUGUAUUUGUGACAGGGCUUCUGGGGAAUUCUUUGGUCAUUGUGACAUAUGUUUACUAUGAGAAGCUGAAGACCGUGACAGAUGUCUACAUGAUGAAUCUGGCGAUUGCUGACUUGCUCUUUCUCUGCACCCUGCCAUUCUGGGCAGUUGAUGCAUACACUGGAUGGAUUUUUGGAACUUAUAUGUGCAAAAUUGUGAACGGGGCAUACACUGUCAACUUCUACAGUUGCAUGCUAAUACUCACCUGUGUGAGUGUCAACAGGUACAAAGCCAUUGUUCAAGCAACAAAAAUGGUCAACAGUAAAAAUAAAAGAUUUCACAAUAAGUUAGUUUGUGUAGGGGUUUGGGGAUUCGCAAUCAUUUUGACUCUUCCAGAAUUCAUAUUAAGUGAAGCAUAUACUGAUAUGUCUGAUAAAACUAUUUGUAUUAUGAUGUAUCCUUCCAAUUCUGGCAGCAUCAUCAAAGUGGGAGUGUAUGUAACACAAAUGGUAGUGGGAUUUCUGAUAUCCUUUGUGGCCAUGAUCAUUUGUUACUCAAUCAUUGCAAAAACUCUGUUCCAGCAAAAGAGUUUUCAGAAGCAUAAAUCUUUAAAGAUUAUCAUUGCAGUUGUAGUUGCAUUUGUGAUUUGUGAACUGCCAUUCAACAUUGUCUUGUUGAUGCAAGCUCUACAGAUCUUCAGUGAAGAAAUCCCUAGUUGUGAAUACACUGCAAAUGUAGACUAUGCAAUUAUUGUAACAGAGAGUAUUGCAUUUGUACAUUGCUGUCUCAAUCCUAUUCUUUAUGUAUUUCUUGGAGUGAAGUUUAGAAAUAACUUUCUGAAGAUUUUAAAAGAUGCUAGAUGUAUUAGUCAAAAACAAUUGGCUGAGUAUCUGAAAACUGAGUCUGAGACAUCACAACCUGUAUCGGGUUUAUCUGAAACAACAAGUGUGCAUCCUUUAUAACAGAUACUGGAUGUAUAAUUGUAAAUUUUAGAUAAUGGCACUAGAAUUCCAUAAGUGUUCUCCCGGUCCCCUCCCAUAGCUUUGGAAGGACAACGACAAUUCUGCUUUCUAAAAGUGGCCCACUAGGCACUCAUGUGCCUGCUAUGGCAUUAUAAAGACAACAACAUUGCUAUUGUCUACUUCUAAUUCUGAACUCCUGUUCCUCUCCCACUUAAUGUUCUUUACAAAAUGCUUUAUACUGUACAUAUACUAACUCAGUGAUUGAAAAGUGGCUAUACAGGGACUUGGCAUCAUAGGAAUUUUUGUGCAGCUCAUUAAGGGCCAGAAUUUGGCCUGAUUAGGGUUCCCCAAUCUCUCCAACUUUGAAGGAAAAGCUGAAGAAACAACUUAAACUACAGAUUUUACCAAUUACACCUUUUUCUGAGUUCCACUGAUUUAAUGUCGAAGUUGUACCAGAAGAUCAGGGUUUUGAACAUGGCCACACUAGCUCAGUUAAGUUGAAUUCCAUGCUGUAUAGGUUUCUUAUUUACUAUCUUUAAACCAAAAUUAAGUAGUGUUUAAUACCUAUAAGUAUAAAAUGUGUUUAAUUAAGUACAAGUAUGUAACUACACACUUAAAUAUUUGUUCAAUAUGUCUAAGUUCACUAACGUCUCAAUCCUAUUCUUUCCGUAUUUCUCGGCGUGAAGUUUAGAUACAGUUUGUAUUAGCCAAAAAAUAUUGGUUGCAGUUAUGAAAUAUUGAUGUGAGAUAUCACAGCCUGUGACAAGGGCAUCUGACGUGGUUAAGAAUGAAAGUUCAAGCAUUUAAGUGAAAUAGCAGCAUUUGGAAAAGAGUCACUAAUCCAUAUGUAAUUUUUACGAAUAUUGACUGACCAUUUUUAUUUCAAAUUUCUAACAUUUGCUGUUGUGAUUUUAGAUGUAUUUUUCUAUAAAUUAUUUUGUAUGUAUUGUAAUUCUGUGCUGUAACUUUUCUAUGGUUCUAAUUAAAAGCUCAAAAUUGGGGAAUUUUGAAAAACAAAA